GUUUAGAACAUAACAUAACAGAACACUUCGAAAACAAAAGGGAAAGAUGGGUAUGAAGAUCGAGGUCGUGUUCUUUUUCUUCGUUCUUCCCCUUGCCCUCGCUGAUCUGAGGGUUGGAUUUUACAAUUCUUCCUGUCCUCAAGCGGAAUCUAUAGUUCGAGGGGUGGUGCAUUAUCAUUUCACGACUGAUAAAUCCAUCACUGCAGCGUUGCUUCGCAUGCAUUUUCACGAUUGUUUUGUUAGAGUAAGCUUCAUUUCAUUCCCAAAUCACAUUCACUCGACCGACAAAAAUCAAUCGGAGAAAGAUGCGGGACCUAACUUCACAGUACGUGGAUAUGAGCUAAUUGACAAGGCCAAGAAUGCCCUGGAGGCCGCCUGCCCUUUGGUUGUUUCCUGCGCAGACAUCAUCACCAUCGCCACACGCUAUGCUGUUGCGCUUGCUGGAGGACCAUCCUAUGUCAUUCCCACAGAACGGCAAGGCGGGCUAGUCUCUGAUCCCAGUGAAAUCAACUUACCAGGACCAACAUUUCCUGUAUCCAAGGCAUUCCAAAAUUUCCAGUCCAAAAACCUAAGCCUAAAUGAUAUGGCGACACGUUUGGGUGCACACGCUGUUGGAGUUGCACAUUGUAAUUUCUUCGUCGAACGGUUAUCAGAUUUCCAGGGGACUGGCAGUCCAGACCCUUCAAUGGACCCAGCUCUGGCAGCUAAGCUCAGACAGGACUGUAGCAUGGUCGGUGAUACAACUGCGUUUCUUGAUCAAAAUAGUUCAUUUGUUGUUGACAAUCAAUAUUAUAAAGAGAUUCUCUUGAAGAGAGGAAUAUUGCAGAUUGAUCAGGAGUUUGCUAAGAUGGCUUUUGUCCGGAUUUGCGUCGAACAACAUCAGAUUCAGCAAAAGGUUUACAGAUGCUAUGGUGAAGCUGGGAAGGAUUGAAGUUCUUGUUGGUAAUGAUGGAGAAAUCAGGAAGAAUUGUAGGGCCUCCAAUUAAGCCAAAACAAAUUACGUAUGAUCAUUUGACAGAGAAAAGUGAAAUUAUUGGUCUCUUAUGUAAUAGCGUAAAAUCAUUUUGGUUAAUGAAUUCAUUUUUAUGAU